UAUUGAGAAAGCAACAGCCUUCGCUUCGUAUGUCGUCUUCUUCUUCUUCUUCUUCUUCUUCCUUGUGAGUAGUUGGGCUCCGGCGAACUCGCCGUUUCAAAUCGUACGCCGCACAUCAAUCGGAGCGUUGAUUGCUCGGAUUUUCUCUGCGCGGGUCUUCAAUAAGCGCUUGUGUUCUCGCGGCUGCAAGCUCGAUCGUCGACGUUUCCACUUCGAUUUUCCGAGGGGUUUUCCUUCGGUGGAAAGCCGGAAUCGCUUGGGAUCCCGUCGCUCGUCGCUCCGUCGGGACCGCAAAUCGAGGCUCGCCUUGCCUGAACAAUACAUCGGAGCUUCGGUUUUUGUAGCUCGCUUCGUUUUCUCGGCCGAAAAGGCGAUUUUUGGGAUUUUCGUUCGCUGCAGUAACAGGAUCGUCUGACCUUGAAGCUGUUUGAUCGUUGCAGCAGAGUUAGUCAAACUUCGAUUACAGAAGAAGAUAACCGGAAGAUGACGAUCGGAGAUAUUACACGGAAGGAGGAGAAGAAAUCGCGGAGGAGCAAGGCACUCGUAGACGAGAAUGCUCCCUUGUUGCCGACGAAGGCAGACGAAGAUGCUAGCUUCGAUGAGUUCAACGGAGCUUCCUUCACUGGGGCGGUUUUCAAUCUGUCUACGACGGUCGUCGGUGCAGGAAUCAUGGCGUUGCCGGCGACCAUGAAAGUGUUGGGUCUCGGUCUGGGGAUUGCCACGAUCAUCUUCAUGGCUUUCUUGACCAAUGCAUCCAUCGAUAUGUUACUCCGGUUUAGCAGGGCAGGCAAAUCUCUCUCGUAUGGUGGUCUUAUGGGGGAUGCUUUCGGCAAGUACGGGAAGAUUCUGUUGCAGACAUGCGUCAUGGUCAACAACAUCGGUGUGCUCAUUGUGUACAUGAUCAUUAUCGGGGAUGUGCUUUCCGGAACAUCUUCGAGCGGGGUUCACCAUGCUGGUCUUCUUGAAGGGUGGUUUGGAGAACACUGGUGGAAUGGCCGUGCCUUUGUUCUUCUUGUCACAACACUAGGAAUAUUUGCUCCGUUAGCAUGCUUUAGGCGAAUAGAUUCAUUGAGAUUCACAUCUGCCUUGUCUGUUGCACUGGCAGUAGCGUUUCUUGUUAUCACCGUGGGAAUUUCAAUCAUUAAAUUGAUUGGCGGAGGCGUUGCAAUGCCCAGAUUGCUACCUGAUAUAACAGAUUUGGCAUCAUUCUGGAAGCUCUUCACUGUAGUUCCUGUUCUUGUCACUGCAUAUAUCUGCCAUUACAAUGUCCACACAAUCGACAAUGAACUUGAAGAUUCCACACAGAUAAAGGCCGUUGUGGGAACAUCACUUGCUCUGUGCUCGUCUGUGUAUAUAAUGACUAGCUUCUUUGGGUUCCUCCUCUUUGGCGAUGGGACACUUGAUGACGUGCUUGCUAAUUUUGACACCGACCUUGGCAUUCCUUACAGUUCCUUGCUCAAUGAUGCUGUUCGUGUUAGCUAUGCAGCGCAUCUUAUGCUUGUAUUUCCCAUCGUCUUCUAUCCAUUGCGACUGAACAUGGACGGCCUUCUCUUUCCCUCUGCUAGGCCACUAGUUUUAGAUAACCUGAGGUUUGCGUUGCUCACAUCCGGUCUUAUCACUAUAAUAUUCAUGGGUGCAAAUUUUAUCCCCAGCAUCUGGGAUGCUUUUCAAUUUACUGGAGCGACAGCUGCCGUUUGCCUUGGGUUCAUUUUUCCCGCUGCUAUUACUCUGAGGGAUCCUCACUGCAUAGCAACCAAAAAGGACAGGAUUUUAGCCAUUUUCAUGAUUGUUCUUGCCGUCUUCUCAAACCUGGUGGCUAUCUAUAGCGAUGCUUAUGCUUUGUUCAAGAAGCAUGAAUCUCCCCGUGAAUGAUGUCUACAGCAUCUAGACUUGGCCAUGUGGAGAAUGAGAUAGUAAUGGAUGCUGUGUCAACUUUAAUACCAAAGGAAACCUGGGAAUGCUUUACUCUGAAGGAUUCAAACCUGGAAAUGUGUGGCAUGCCGGUCAUUGUACAAAUCUGCUUGUUUGAAAAAUGUAUAAAACCGUGUGAGGACGGCGGGUAGUAUUGUUGCCUUCUGCUUGAAACUGCCUUUCCGACUAUGGACUCAAAAUAAGAGCCUUGUGAUUUAGACU